CAAGCUCUGAUUCUCAACUGGACUGGCUAUCAUGUACACUUUCGUCUUUCGCAUCUGUGUGGCCUGCACACUCCUUGCUGUGGCCUUCGCCGAGAUACCAUCGUACAUAAAAAUAUGUCAUCGAAAGGAUCCAAAUAUAAAUAAUUGCGUACUUAAUUCAAUUGAGCAACUACGAAGCAAAUUGAAGGCAGGAAUUCCAGAAUUAGAGGUUCCAGCAAUUGAACCACUUACAUUAAAACAUAUACGAUUAUUGAGAGGUCCUCAAGCUGCAAGGCUUGAUGUCAACCUUACAAAUUUACAGGUAUUUGGACCAUCAACAUUUAAAAUCCGAGAUUUAAAAAUUGACCCGGAGAAUGUGUUUAUUACUUUCAAAGUUGGCUUUCAAAAACUUGACUUUCGAGGAAAAUAUAAAAUAAAUGCACAAAUUCUUUUGCUCAACCUAGUUGGAGAUGGAAAUCUCACUGGAACCUUCUUUGGUUACGAUAGCGAGUGCUUGAUGAAAAGUAAAAAAAUUAUUAAAAACAACAGCACAUAUGUGAACUUUGAAAAGAUGAAAAUUAAAAUAAAAAUAAACAAAGCUGCACUCAAUUUUGACAAUCUAUUUGGUGGCGAUCCUGUUCUUGGAUCAGCAAGCAACGAAAUUUUGAAUUCAAAUAGCGAAUUCUUAAUAGAUGAAAUAAGACCAGUACUGGAAGACAGCUUGUCAGAUCUCUUCACGAGUAUCGCAAACAAGAUUACCUUAAAGUUUACAUACGACGAUUUGUUCCCGAAUAAUUAA